GUGACUUUAGUAAUUCAACCGUUUAACCUUGAAUUAAUUAUACAAAACAAGUAUAUUCAGUCUUUCAUUCUCCACACUCAAAAUUACCUUAUAAUUAUUAAUCAAAUGUUGCUAUCAUUCAUUUCUUUCAUAUGCUCUUCAUACUAAACAAGCUAUUCCUAUUGCCUAGUAUUCUUGGACACCAUUUCAUUCAACAAGUUUCCAAAUCAGAAUACGAUUGAACAGGAAAGAGAUUAUAUUCCAAAUAAGAAGAGUAGAUGGAAGUAAGAAGGACAAUAAGGGAAACGUUAGUAUAUUUAUAGUUUUUACAUGAGAAGAUUCUAGAGUCUUCUCCAUGUAUCGAUUAGCGCUGAUUGAAUAAGAAAUGGCCAAUCAGCGUCCACGAACAUAUUUCUGUGCAGAACAUGCGUUAAUCCAAUCUCUAUUCCGCUAACACUAUUGGUCAAUUAUCUUCUAUACUUUUAAUCCUGAAAAUUAUUUUGACCUCGGCAAGACUAUAAUUUAUGGAUGAACCAAUCAGAUAUAAGAUAACAGGUUUUGGAUUUUUUUGCUCGAAAUUCACCCAUCCAUUUGGCUAAAUGAAGUUUUGGCAUUUUACUUGAUGUCAGUUCGUCGUAAUGAAAACUUUAAAUCUAAUUCCUAACCUUAACCAUCAACUGUAAAUUAUAAUUCUAAUUACUCACACUGGUUUAUAACCUUGAUCUAGUCCUAGUAACUAAGUGAACAUUCUCAAGGUCACUUUAGAGUCUCCCCAAGGUCAUCCAUAAAUUAUAGUCUCACAGGAGCGGGUUAAUUUUUAAAAGUUAAAUUCUAAAAAUCUCUAUCUGAUUAUUUAAACAAUCAAAUAGAAACAUAAUGGCACAUUCUUCAUUACGACAUUCUAAAUCUUUUUUUUAAUUAUCAAAAGGGUUUACCAUGCAAACAGUAGAUCUGUUCAGGUCUUCAACUGUCAAAAUCAUCUUUUUAACAAAUCUUAGACCAGUAUUUAUUUUCAAUAUGGGAUGCUACAUCCCAAUUUUAUAAGUUUUAUCAAAUAAACUCAUAAACUGAAUAUUUAUUUAAUAUUUGAAUUCAUGAAUCAUUGUAAGCUAAACCGCUCUGAGAAACCUGGAAGCACUGGAUAGCCGUUUCGUCCGAGUACGGGACACUUUAGCAGUACUUAUUCAUGAAACAGCACAUGGAACUCGAACCCAGAACCUUCGAUCUUAUGCGUGAACGCUUAACCUCUAUACCAUUGAGCCGGCAUUCAACGGUGCUAAUGUCUAACUUCAAUAUGAGAUGAUACAAUUCAGUUUUACAAAUUUUAUCUAAUAGACUCAUAAUUGUAUAUUUAUUUAAUAAUUGACUUCAUGAGUCAAUUGAAGCUAGACUACCACACUGCACAUGAAAGCACUGAAUAACCGUUUCGUCCUAGUACAGGACUCCUCAGCAGUGUACAUACACGAAACCAACCCACGAGAUUCAAUUCCACGUUGUUAAUGUCUAAAUUCAAUCUGAAUUGGUACAUUUCAAUUUUAAAAAUUUUAUCCAAUAAAAUCAUGAAUGAAAUAUUGAUUUAUUUAUUUCAUCCCAAUUAAUCAAUAAAUGGGUGAGACAUGAGACACACCUAUAACUAUUAUAACCUUGUAAAUUAUUCAUUACAAUUAACCAAUAGAAAAAGAGAGUUUCAAGGUCAAAUGGAUAAAUAUUUAAAAUGAAUUACACAUUACUUACUAAUUAUAGUCAAUAUCAUUAACAUAAUGACAAGAUUAUUACUAUUAGUCUAAUGUAUAUUAUUAUUCGUCUUCUUAUCAAAUGGUGAAAAAUAAGUGGAAAAAUCAAAAUACUAAAUCAGAAUUUAAUGAUAUCACAAUAAUAAAAGAAAGAAAACCAACAACAUUACAAACUCUUAUUGUUACAAUUAUAUUAUGUUGUUUAACAAUCAUAUUCAUGAUUGUUGGAAUGAGUUUAAAAUUGGCUUAUGGUCCAUCAUUAUAUUAUAGAGAUGAAAAUUAGUAAGUUAUUAUUUUUGCUUUUGGUUAGCUUGUUUUUGGCGAUGAGGGAUGAGGUCGCUAAUCCCAUGUCCAACCCUUCUCCUUUGUCUGGGUUUGGGACUACCAGUAGUCCCAGAUGGGCUCCAGGCGGAGAUGACGUUUAUCAGAAUUAUGUGAUAUAUAUGCGCAAUACAUUUAGAACAAUCUGAGACUGGUGAUCAUAUGGUUGACAUCAAGUUAGCAUUUGUAGUGUUAUACAAAAGCCUUUAAGGACGUAUACUAAGGUUUAUUGAAGCCUUGGCUAUACGGAAAUUGAAACCCCCUUUAUGCGUUCAAAAACAAUUUGUCCAUACACUUAACCUACCCUGGCAAUACUGAUUUAUUAUCCAGAGUGUUAAUUACAUUGUUUUUGUGUACAUUAACAUUUUGUUUUCUUUGUUAUGGCUUACCUUUAACCUGUCUAGUUGACCUUUUUUGAUUGAGAUCAUGAACCGAUCAAUGUUAGACCACCUUUGGAAACCUUGAAGCAAUGGACGGCCGUUUCGUCCUAUUGUGGGGCUUCUCAGCAGUGCGCAUCCACGAUCCCGCCCGCAGGAUUCGAACCCAGGGCCUUCUGUCUCGCGCGCGAACACUUAACCAACUGAACCACUGAGCCGGCAUCAAAUGGUGAUAGUGUCUAACAUCAACCAAUCCACGAAAUUGCGCGACCAACUUCCGUUGACCUUUUAAUCUGGAAGCACUGAAUGACUGUUUCUUCUUAUUGUGGAACUCCUCAGGAGUGCACAGAUACGAUCUCGCUUAGCGAAAUUCGAACCUAGGACAAUAUCAGUCUCACGCUUGGCUUGCAGCAAUUGGUCUAAGUCUAGUAGCAAUAUCUUUUCCGCUUGGAAUUACAGCAACCUGUUUAUUGAACACAUUAUGCCGUAUUAAACGUUAUGUUGAAUACAUUGAAGCACGUAAACAAAUGUUAGAAAGUCAGAUUUCGAAUACCAUUUUAUAACUUGUCAUUUGAAUGCUGCUUGUUAUAUCUGGUCAUCGCUGAUUGUUAUGUCGGAAACACUUAUCAUUUAUACUUGAAACGACGGACCUCUGUAAUUUCCAUGAAAUAAAAGUAAAAAUACAGAGGCUCCUCCUUAUUCAAUCCUACCAUUCAGUGCUAUUUGUUAGUUCCUUCAUCUCAAAUAUGCACUGGUAACUUGAUCUAAUAUAUAUUUAUGAAUUUUUCAAAAUGAACAGAUUUUUCAAUUGUAUUGGUGACCGUUUGUGUUACGGACUUUAUUUUGACUUGUGUGAUUAUUGAUUAAAUUCAACGUAUGACAAUGGAAUUGAUAACCUUCUUGAUAUAUGUUGUGGAUUUCUCCCGAAAUCCUCGUCAUCACUGAUAUAUCUUUUUGUUCGAAUACUUCUUGUUAUAUCUGGUCAUCCCUGAUUGUUAUAUUGGGAAUGCUUAUCAUUUGUACUGGGAACGAGGGACUUCUACAAUUCCCACUAUGUGAAAGUGAAAAUACAAAGGCUGAUAUGUGUGAAGAUUCAUUAAUCCUCAAAACACAACAACGACGACGACAACUCUAGUUGAAAAUACACUUAUUUAUAUAUUGAUUGCACACCCAUUUUGAUUAAUAAUUAGGAUGAAAUCACAUAUUCAGUCAUAACAGAUCACUUACUGAGCCUAGUUCAUGUCAAUGAAAUAUAAGAAUAUCUCGCAUAUUAUACAGAAGAAAAUAUCAUACUGAGAUAACAGUAACAAAUACUCCAUUGAAUAAUCAUGACAUUGAAUCAAAAUGGAAUUCAUGUUGAAUAAAACUCAUAAUCGAUAAAUCAAUCGAAUUUCGACUUGUCAUUCCAUCAUAUCGAUUUUUUUAUGAGUAUUGAUCAGCAAUAAUUAAACACAUUUCUUGAUUCGUAAACCGUAUCUGCUUACAUUUUGUGAAGCAUGCUAGUGUAAAUAAGAUAUUCCUCAUUACUAAUAUUCGUAAAGUUGUAUUUCUACACACUUAACUAACAUCAUUUGAUCAGGAAAGUGAAUCAGUCCAGUGAACUAUUGUAGUAAACAGAACGCGGUUGGGGGAGAGUCAAACUGUGCUUAGAAACAAAUUACAGGACUACUUUGUAAAAUAGAAAAACCAUAUAGCGAAUCGUUAGUUUGAAAAAUAUCAAUCCAUCAUAUCAAACUGGACUGUUGCUGUUGCAAUCAUCAAUUCAAUGUCUCACAUUUCAUUGUUCAUGCAUUUUCUUACAAAUUGCAUUGUGUCUCCGCUCUUCCUUUCUUGAUCAUCCCCCAUCUUCUGCUACCAGACAUUACGUUUUUAACUCGCGUCAUAUACUACUUAUAUCAAUAUAAGUAGCACGCACCACACGAUCACUCUAGUAUACGUAACACAAAUAGAUAUUGUGGGAUUAAUGUAUGAAAGAAAACAGUUAUAAAACAGUAUUGAAAAAUUGACUUCUAAGAAACAUGAUACUCACAAGUAAUUUUUUUAAAAUUUGAUCUGAUCAUUAGUUUCUAAGUGGAAAGUUAGCUUAAAUUACAGACUAACAUUAUAUAGUAAAUCAUCAAAAACCAUAAAGCAUUGAAUAGUUGUUUCCUUUGUUAAUUUUCAUUCUUUAACAGUUCUAAUUCACAACCUUAUGAAAGAUUGGAUCCAGUAUCCCGAUAUGUAACUUUUCAAUCAGUAAUCUAGUGGUAGAAAUAGUUAAUUUCAGUCACUUGGUAUCAUUAAGCAACUUUGGUCCAUCAAUGAUAUCUAUUUCAAUCUCGAGAUGAUUGAAAUUCAUCGCUUAAGGCCUCAUACUUAUGUUUUAUGAAAUUUAUCUCGAUGUUAGACACAAGCAAAUGUAUGAUUGUUAUUGGAUUGAAAUAAUUUCGAAAGUUAAUCCAUUUUUUAUUGGUUGUUUGUAUCUUCCCAUUAAUGUUUAAUACUUCAAUUGAUCAAUCUCUUUUGACAAAUGUGCAUCGUGUGUGGAUUGAUUCGAUAUUGGGAUAAAUUUAUAAGCAUUAGAAGCAGAGAUGGAUAGUGGCUAGUAGUAAAGUCCUGGACAUGCGUUCUGUUUUAUUCUGGAAUCUUCAGUAGGAUGUACCCGCAUCCCAUAGUUGAUGAUCACUCAAAGACUCAAACUCAGUACUAUAAAUCAACUCUGUUUUUCAUGUAGUUUCAGCUGCCAAAUUUCAAAUAAGACAAAACGCACUUCUUGGAUCCUAUUAUUAGCCACUAUCCACCAGUGCUCAUAGUUUUCAAAGACUGUUAAUUUUGAGAAUAGUUCCCCAUAUAAAACACAUGUAACUAGUUUAUCUUCGUUUCUAGUGUAUUUUCAGUUUGAAUUGUAGGCAUUAUUUAGAUAGUAUCAAAUCCCUGUACUCAUUUAUCAUUUCAAAGUCGAUUGGUACAUAAACUAGUCAUUCUACUGGAAGAUGCUGAUUAUGUAUCUAGUCAAUAGCUCAGACGACAUAUCCUUGUCUGGAUCAGAAUAACGAAUGUAUAAAAUCCGUUUGCUUCCUAUACACCUUUCAUUUUGCCAAUUAAAGCUUCUAAUUAUUUCUUUAUUAGUUUCAUUUGUCUUUCUUUACUAAAAAAGUGCAAAAAAGCUUGUGUAUAGGCAGUUACUUUGUAAGUAACACAGUUGUUAGGAAACGGGUACUAGGUAAGGAUGGCAAAUCAAUUGAUGAAGUAGUGAAACUUCAUCAGUUGAGAUGGCUGGGACACGUGUUACGUAUGCUCAACGACCGACUGCCUCGACGUGCAAUGUUCAGUGGUAUAGGAGUAGGCUGGAAGAAAGCUAGGGGCGGCCAAACCAAAACAUGGCACAAGUCCAUGAAGUCACUGACAAGUGAACUGAGCCAUGUUGGUAGGUGUAGACUACCUGGUUGGGGACCGCGAGAUGAUAGCAACCGAUGGUUAGAGACCCUGAAUGACAUGGCUCAAAAUCGUUUGCAAUGGCGCAGGUGCAUCCACUCUCUGUGUUCUCCCAAAUUCCAAUCUUCUGAAUUCUUCAUGUCCCUUUUUUCCUCUUUCCAAAUUUAUUUCACUGGAUUAUACUCUUUAAAUAACAUCUCCAAACCCUAAUCUCCCCGUUUACUGCUUAUACUCUUAUUUCCUCUACCACUACGGGAUUUGAAUCGACAACUGCAUCUUUGUGCUAAUGUGGUAUGGCAACUCGAACUGAUGUACGUACGUACGAAGUUCUACGUUGUUACUGACUGACUGACUGAGUUACUUUGUAAGAUCAUCAGUCAGUUAGUCAGCAACAAUGUAGGACCAGGCACAUUUAUAUGCAUCGGUCCAAGUUGCCACACCUCAUUUGCACAACAAGAUGAACAUCGAAUUCAUAGAAGUAGUUAAUUCAGUGGUGGUAAUACAUAAAAGAGAGACUGCAAUAAGGAUAUAGUACAGGAAGAAAGAAUUAGUUGGUAGAAAGAAAGAUAUGAAGCGAUUUUAAUCUCAUAGUUUAAAGGAAGACAAAGAGUAUAUACACCUAUGCCAUUGUGAUCGAUUCUAAGUCUCCAACCAUUGGAUACGAUAAUCACGCGGACCCCCAACAAUUAGUCUGCAUCUACCACCCACAUGGCACAGACUAGAAGUUAGUGAUUUUACAGACUGAUGCCGCGAAAUAGUUUGGCCUACUUCAACUUUCUUCCUACCAUCCCCAACACGAGUCACCAUUGCGCGUCAUAUCUUAUCUUGUAAGGUCAUAAAAUAUACCUAGUUCUAACAGUUUCUAAAUGAACAAUAAAAAAUCUUGAAUUUUUGUUUGUUUGUUUUUCAGGUUACUGAAACUAAUCCGGAUAAAGUUGUUUACAAAUAAAAAUAUUGAUCUCCAAGUUAGAAAAUAAGUUAAAGUAUCCUUGUGUACAUAAAUAUUCAAUAUAGAAAUAGUUACUAUAGUUCAAUUAUGAAUUCCUUCAAAUUAUUCUAUAAAAGAUAUCAAAUGUGACAUUACAAUGUUCAAAUGUUGUAAGUGACAAAUAUUUUUUAAACGUUAGCAACAAAACAUUUUUCUAUUUAUAAUAAUAUAAUAGUUUUAUUAUAUGAUCAACUUCUUGAUACCAUUUGAAGGGAAUUGUAUCCUUUGAACUGAAUGAUUUUUUUUUCUUUCUUUUCGUAUAACUUUCAUUAUUCUUUGAAAUAACAUCAUCUUGGAGAAAGCUUUAAAAAGAAGUGAUCUUUUCGAAUGUUCACAUCAACUACUGAUUAGUAGCUUGUUUUGUCGAUCUUAAUUUUGAUCGGUUAUUGUUUUACUCUUUGUUUUCUUUUUUCACUGUCUUUAUAUUAUUUCGAUAGUCUUUAGUCCGUCUGUCAGUCAGUAACAACUUAGAACUUCGUACGCACGCAGUUGUCGAUUCAAAUCCCGUAGUGGUAGAGAUAGUAAGAGUAUAAGCAGUAAUCCGAAAGAUUAGGGUUUGAACAUGUUAUUCAAUGAGUAUAAUCCAGUGAAUUAAAUUUGGAAAGAGAAAAAAGGGACGUGAAGAAUUCAGAAGAUUGGAAUUUGGGAGAACACAGAGAGUGGAUGCACCUGCGCCAUUGCAAACGAUUUUGAGCCAUGUCAUUCAAGGUCUCUAACAAUCGGUUGCUAUCAUCUCGCGGAUAACAACUAGGUAGUCUACACUUACUAACAAAGCUCAGUCCACUUGUCAGUGACUUCAUGGAUUUGUGCCAUGUUUUUAUCUGGCCUCCCCUAGCUUUCUUCCAACUUGCUCGUACACCAUAAAACAUUGCAUGUCGGGGCAGUCUGUGGUUGGGCAUGCGUAACACAUGUCCUAGUCAUCUCAACUGAUUAAUUCUCAUUACUUGAUCAAUUGAUUUUCCAUCCUUACAUAGUACUCGUUUCCUAACAACUGCAUCUUUUAUUCAGUGGUCCCAGAAUAUACGAGCAAUGCAAUAGUGAUUGGUUUUAUAACCGUCUGUGACAUAUUUUAAUGUUUGGUAAACUGUGAAGAUUCUUCUUCAAACAUUUAAUACAAUGAGUAAUAUUUCAGAACAAAGUGCAGCAUUACAGAUCAGGUUUUACAUGUUUCAAACAGAGUAUUGUUGUUAACUAGACUCUAUGUUCAACAGUAUUACAGGAGAUGCUUGUAGAUAUUAUAAAUACUACAGACGUCUUUCGGCGAGACUAUAAUUUAUAUACUAACCAAUCAGGUAUAGUAUAACAGGUCUCGGAUUUUGGUGUGAAAUUCACUCAUCUAAUUGGAUAAAUAGAGUCUUGACAUUAUAGGUGUUGUCAGUCCGUGAUGAAAACCCUAAAUCUAAUUUUCAAUCCUAACCGUCAACUGUAUAUCAUAAUCGUUAUUCUUCAAACUGCUUUAUAACCCUCAUUUAGCCCUAGUAAGUAGGUAAACACUCUCAAAGUCAUUUUAGCAUCGCUCGAAGGUUGUCCAUAAAUUACAGUCUCACCGGUUUUUCUACUGAACACUGUACAGAAGUCUAUAUUUCAAGAAAUGAUAUUCACUAGAACGAGAUACUAAUCAAACCAUUAAUAACUGAUAAUGACAUCAUUUCAUUUAAACUUCUCCGUGUCAAUGAACUACCAUUUCAAACACUGCAAUUAACCUGUUCUGGGUUAGAGGCAUUUGCCAACCGGAAAUAAUGAAAGAUGGUUACCCAUUAUCGUGGAUUCAUUGAAUUGAGACAUUAACAUCGUUGGAUGCCGACUUAGUGGUUAAGAGGUUAAGCGUCCAUGUACUAAACCGAAGGUCUUGGAUUCAACUUCCAUGUGCAGGAUUGUGGUUUCUCACUGCUGAACGGUUCCAUGCUAGGAUGAAACUGAUGUUCAGUUCUUUAAGAUUCUCAAUGGUGGUCUAACAUUAACCGAUCUAUGAUUUCAAUGAAAUUCAAUAGUUUCCACAACCCACUAUCAAUAAUAUCAUAAAAUUGAUCGGUGAUAUAAAGGUUCUGUUAACAGGAGUAACAAUGGCUAAUAUUCUACAACUGUAUAUCCAAAUAGUAAUUCAAAAAGUGACUAGGUUUAAAGCAAAUGCAUCAUUUAGAACUAAAACAUGCAAAUUUAGGAUCGUUUAUAAGAUGAAAUAAAAUUGUUACUGUUUAGAAUAAAUGUCAGUGUAUCGCUUUACCUGGUCCAUGGUUUCAAUAAGAUAUUGAGAAAUUGAACUAUUCAUGGGUACAGACCUUAUAAGGUGUAUACAUGGAACCUGUAGUAGACUCUCUCUUAUCUUUUCUACCAUUCUAACUAGUUUUAAAGGUAAACAUCAAUUGAUUUACUUAGUUGGUAGAACAAGAAAACGUUUUGUCAACAUAAUAAGAUCAGAUGGGUAAAUAAGACUUGACCACUAGAUAAUAUGUAGCUACACUUAAGCUUAGACACAAUAUCCGACCAAUAGCUGAGAACCAGAUUAGAUUAUAUAUUAGUUAACUUAUAAAAAUUACAAGCAGUCAACGUAUACAGAUGGAUGUCCAAGCAGAGAUCAAUAAUGAAAGGAAUUUACAAUACAGUUUAAUCCCAUAGAUAGAUGUACCUAACUUUGCUCCUCAGCUAAUCAACCAAUUACUUUCACUGAUAUGUCAGUAACUUAGAAUAAGCAGCUGUCAACUUGUAAUUGAGUUAAGGAGUAUAAUGUACAUUCGAAAUAGAUCAAACAUAUGACAGAUUCCAACUAGUACAUUGUUUGGUCUUAUAAUCGUUGUUUUUGAG